ACUUUCAUCACCAUCACCAACUCACCAUCACUCAACACCAACAACAAUAACCAAUCCAUCAAGUUAUCCAUCAAAUCAAAUCAAACAAAAUGCCACCAAAACUAGACUGGGAAAAAUCCAAAAAAACAUCGGAUGAUAUAACAGCCACAGACGACAUAAUAGCACUAGACGAAGGCGACAUUCAAGUUCUAAAAACCUAUGGUCAAGGACCUUAUGCUAGACAACUAAUCAAGAUAGAAAAAGAUAUCAAAUCAUUACAAACCCGAAUAGGAGAAAAGAUGGGAGUGAUCGAAUCGGAUACCGGUCUAGGAUUACCAAACCUUUGGGAUCUAGCUGUUGAUCGUCAAAGGAUGGGUGAAGAGAGUUCUUGCUUACAGGUGGCUAGGUGUACUAAGAUUAUUAAGGCUAAUUCGGAAGAAUCAGAACAAGCUGCUAGAAGAGCUGCUGCUGCUGGUACUGGAGGAACUGGUGGGGGGAAUCCUGUGCCGGGCGCUUUGAGUGGGGCAGGUCAGAAUAGACCUAAUGCUGAUGAAGAAGAUAAGUAUGUGAUCAAUGUGAAACAGAUUGCAAAGUUUGUGGUAGGUUUAGGUGAAAGAGUUGCACCUACUGAUAUAGAAGAAGGUAUGAGAGUAGGAGUCGAUCGAACAAAGUAUCAAAUUCAAAUUCCUUUACCACCCAAGAUUGAUCCUUCAGUAACGAUGAUGCAAGUAGAAGAAAAACCAGAUGUGACGUAUUCAGAUGUAGGAGGAUGUAAAGAACAAAUUGAAAAAUUAAGAGAAGUAGUCGAAACUCCAUUAUUAAAUCCUGAGAAAUUUGUAGCAUUAGGAAUCGAUCCGCCUAAAGGAGUCAUGCUCUAUGGACCACCAGGCACCGGAAAAACCCUAUGUGCCCGAGCCGUAGCAAACCGAACAGAUGCGACCUUUAUCCGAGUGAUCGGUUCUGAACUAGUUCAAAAGUAUGUAGGAGAAGGGGCCAGGAUGGUACGAGAGUUAUUUGAGAUGGCACGAACCAAAAAGGCUUGUAUUAUCUUUUUUGAUGAGAUUGAUGCCAUUGGUGGAGCGAGACAUGAUGAUGGUCAAGGAGGUGAUAAUGAAGUUCAGAGAACUAUGUUGGAGUUGAUUAAUCAAUUGGAUGGAUUCGAUCCUAGAGGGAAUAUUAAAGUCGUUGAGUCUUUGGUUUUGAUUAUGGCAACUAAUCGACCAGAUACAUUAGAUCCAGCACUCCUACGACCCGGAAGACUAGACAGAAGAGUAGAAUUUUCCUUACCAGACACAGAAGGUCGAGCAAACAUCUUAAAGAUCCAUGCAAGAUCCAUGUCAGUCGAACGAAACAUUCGAUACGAAUUGAUUGCACGGUUAUGUCCGAAUGCUACAGGGGCCGAAUUAAGAUCGGUUUGUACUGAGGCGGGUAUGUUUGCGAUUCGAGCUAGAAGGAAAGUGGCGAAUGAGAAGGAUUUCUUGGAAUCUGUUGAGAAGGUGAUUAGACAGGGUAGUAAAUUUUCUUCGACUGCUUUGUAUCAGAAUUAUAAUUGA